CUAUGAUUAAUUAUAACAGCUGUGGUGUAGUGUAGUGGGAUACAGUGUGUUUCUAGCCUAACCUUAUUACAGUGACUACGCUGUCCACCAGAAAGGGAAGACUACAUGUGGCAGGAUAUUUCGUGGCUGAGGAGUAGGAGAAGCAUGGAGAUUGGCGUGAUCGUAUACUGCUGGAUUGUGAUCAUUGCAAGGCACAGAGUAGGGUCGGAAUCUUGUGUGGACAAAGAAGGGGACGCCUGCAAGACGAUUGAUUGUUUACAGCCAGGAGUCGUUCACCUGUGUGCGAAGACGUGUGACAUUUGUACGGAAAAAGGUUGCAAAGGGGGCGACUACAAAACAGUUGAGGGAAGGUGUGAAUCCUGUGACGAGCCGCCGCCAUUGACAUCACAGGACACUGACUCCUACAACAGUUCAUGUGGCUGUCCAGACGGCAAGUGGGGUCGUGACUGUAAUGAAACUUGCGGCAUUGGAUGCACAUCUACAUGUCGCAGGUGGACUGGGGCCUGCCAUUCUGGAUGUAAACACUGUUACUGGGGAAGUCGUUGUACUCGGAUAUAUGACAAUUGUAUCUGUGCUAAAUCCCGUGUUUGCAAGUGUAAAAAGGGAUAUCUCGGAAGAACAUGUGACGUGCCUUGUCCAGAGACAUGUCUUAAUGCUGAAUGUAACAACACACGUGUAUGUACAAGGGGAUGUACAGAAGGCUGGCAUGGGCUACAGUGUGGUUCUCCAUGUGGACGAAACUGUGAAAACGCAACGUGCAGACGGAAUACUGGAUCUUGUGACAAGGGAUGUACUUCUGGCUGGUAUGGUGACAAGUGUGACAUGAGAUGUUCAGGAAACUGUGAAAGUGGAAUGUGCAUACGGGAUACUGGAUCUUGUGACAAGGGAUGUACUUCUGGAUGGUAUGGUGACAGAUGUGACAUGAGAUGUCCAGGACACUGUGCUUCAGUGUCGUGUAACAGAACUGAUGAGGCAUGUUCUCCCUGUAAGAAUGGUUUCUCAGGUUUUAACUGUAGCACACCAUGUCCACCCAAUUGUGCAACAAACUCGUGUGCACAAAGUAGUGGUUCCUGUAACAAAUGUACCACCCGCUACAGCGGAUCUCACUGUAACACAUCAUGCCCAGGCAACUGUGCUACUGAGUCCUGUGAACAACAUGGAGCUCUCUGUACAGGAUGCAAACCUGGCUACAGCGGUCCACGCUGUGACACCAGGUGUCUAGACACGUGUCUGAAUGGUACAUGUGACAUAACUGAUGGAUCUUGCCUACUCGGGUGUAAAGUUGGUACCUAUGGACAUCACUGUCACCGCUCCUGUAAUGUCAACUGUCUGAAGACCAACUGUUCCCGUGACUCUGGAAACUGUACACACGGAUGUAAGGACGGCUGGUGGGGGUCUCAGUGUGAUAGCAGGUGUCCAACACAUUGUGCCAGGUGUGAUAGGGUUGAUGCUGGAUGUCUGGGAUGUGAGGAGAACUACUACGGAGACAACUGUAGCAGCAGGUGUUCCCCCAGGUGCGGCAGGUGUGACAGUACUGGAUAUUGUCUUACCUGUGCGGAAGGCUGGGAGGGAGACGGCUGCCAUGUAUCAACUUGGAUACAGAUGCUCUGGAUUGUCAUACCUUGUCUUCUGAUUGGGAUUCUUUUCAUACUGGCUUUCUUCGUACUGAGACGAAGAAAUAUGAAUGGUCCGGGCAAACUGAGAGGUCAAUGCUUCCGUUAUUCUUCAAAGAGAUCAACCGUGUUAACUAUAGACAACCCAACAUUUGAAAAUAGUCCGAAGGGAUGUCACAAGCCUGUUGUUGCUGUCACAAAUGAGGUACAGUCCCUGAUGGGUGACAUGGAAGGGCACAGUGUCUCUACUGGCACCAGAGUGAAGGACAGACAGGGGACAAAGGUUUCUCGCUCGCGGUCUCCCACGUCCAGUAACUCAUCAAAACCUGGUGUUUCGCAGCCUCGAACACACUGCCCAGCUGACUCGUCUUAUCCAGAAUGUAUAUGGAAAACGGAGGUUCCAGUUCAGAACCUCAGCUCCUUUGUUGCGAAGAUGAAAAUCGAUGCUGGUUUAACCAAACAGUUUUUUGAUCUUCCGUUUGGUAAACUUGGUUCUUGUGACGAAGCUGAAAUGCCAGGAAAUGCUUUUAAGAACAGAUACCGAAACAUACUACCAUACGACCACUCUCGAGUCAAACUGGAGUCUAUCCCCUACAUUCCUGGUUCUGACUACAUCAACGCUAACUAUAUACAUGGAUACGGCCGGCCGAGAGCAUCUGUAGCUACGCAAGGUCCGUACGGUGAGGUCAUGUGGGAUUUCUGGAGAAUGAUAUGGGAAAUAGAGACGAGUAAAAUAGUUAUGCUGACAAACUUUGUUGAAAAUGGAAAGGCUAAGUGUGAGCAAUAUUGGCCUGACUUCGGCCAGCGAGGCUCUGACUAUGACGAUGUCCAUGUCCAGUGUGUGGCCGAAGAGGAGCUGAUGGACUACACGGUCAGGACGUUCUCUGUACACAGGGAUGAAGACCCUGUCAGAACCGUGAAGCAGUACCACUUCACUGCGUGGCCAGACAAAGGAGUCCCAGAAGAUGUCGGGACGCUGGUGGACUUCCACAGACUGGUCAAGAACGCACCGUCAAAAAGCAAAGGCCCGGUAGUUGUCCAUUGCAGUGCUGGUAUAGGCCGAACUGGGACCUGGAUAGCACUUGACUAUCUGAUUGCCCAAGCUAAGGCGGAAGGUGUGGUGGAUAUCUUUGAGUGUAUUGUCAGGCUCCGGCACCAGCGUAUGGAUCUAAUACAGACUGAGGCGCAGUACCUAUUUCUGCAUGAUGCUCUGACAGAGGCGCUCGCGUCCUGUGAUAAGAAGACGUUGGAGUGUCAGGAUGCAGACAAGGGGGCCAGCGAUGUCUACGCAGUCGUGCAGAAACGGAAACGGAAUGUAAUUUUGGAACAGGAAAACGACAAGUACAGGCGACGCACUCAGUUACCUCUGCCGGAGAUUCCCUCACACGCCGCUGACAGAUUCCAACAUCCACCACAGGACAGGUGUAGCUGACAACCGCGUGAAGAGGGCUGCUGAAGUUCCUGCAGAGGACAUUCUAAUUGAUUGCGUAUUUGCGUGACAUUUAUUAACGAUGCAAACAUAAGUUCAUUGGAUUAUGUCUGUAUAUUAUGUCAUUAUGUCUAUAUAUUGAGUGAGUGAUUAAGUGAAAAGGGUUCUAGUAAUAUUCCAGCAAAACCAGCCUCAUGGACGCCUUUACGCUAGUUUCAGAUAUACCUGUAGGGAUUGAACCAAAGUCAACGGUUAAAACUAGGCUACUUCGUCUCCCCUAUCCAUGAUAUGUUAACUCGCCGAAGCAUAUGUGUAUGAACGAAAUACUAGUAUAUAUGUUAAUGUUAAAUAUUCAUGUAGUGUCAUUAUUAUUUCUACAUGACAUACACUACGAAUGUGUCAACGGCUCUGGGCCUAGAUUUUCGAAGCUCUCUUAGCGCUUAGAUAGUCGUAAGUGUCAUUCAUUUACAUUACCUUACGACUAUCUUAGCGCUAAGAGAGCUUCGAAAAUCUAGGCCCUGUACUUUGGAUGAGUGUAGCAUUCUGUAAUAAAUCAGCAUCAAGAAGGAAUGUCAUACAAACCUAUACAUGUAUUCACAAUGCAUCGUAUUAAUCACACGCGUUCUGAGAUCUACUCAAAACGCAUAGUUUCACUUAUAAAGUGUUUAGUCCGUAAUAUGUUAAAAGUAAUCUGCGAAAGUUACUUACUCGAAAA